ACCCAUUUAAUUAAUGGUAUGUCCUGAUAAGAUCUGCCAAUCAAAAGCCUUUCUUAUAGGCUAAGAGGAAAGAUUCCGGAUAAGUUAAAACACAGAACCAGAAACAUUGAUGGGAAUAUUAUAUAUAAGCUGGUCUCAACAACCCAAUUGACCAAACGUUCUAUUUCUUCAUCAGUUUUUCAUUAAUCUUCAGCUAGAAAGAGAAAAGGAAAAAUGCCUACCAAGAUUCAUCCGAAAGGGCCACAGCAGUUGGAAAGUGUUGUGAUUGAAGAUCGGUUCUGUAAUAAGUCUGUCACAGCAUUGACUGUAUGGAAGACGUCAUUGGUGUUCAACUGCAAUGGUUUCAAUGUGUUUGAUUCAACCGGGAACCUUGCCUUCAGAGUUGACAAUUAUGAUUCUGGAUAUAAGAACGAGGUGGUUCUCAUGGAUGCUGCAGGAAAUUCUCUGCUCACAAUGAGAAGAAAGAGACUUAGCAUGUACAGUGAAUGGCAUGCUUUCUUAAAAGACAAAUCAGAUGGUCAAAAGCCAUUGUUUAUAGUCAGGAGGAAUUUUCUGCUUCCUACCAAGACUUUGGCACAGAUAUACGUGGGUUCAGUAUCAGAGAAGAAGCAUCCAGAUUACCAGAUUGAAGGGUCUUUUGCCAAUAGAUCCUGCACUGUUUACAACAGCUCCCGUAACAUUGUUGCUGAGAUGAAAAGAAAGCAAGUAAGCUCAGAGAUAACACUGGGAGGAGAUGUGUUCAGUGUGAUUGUACAGCCUGGCUAUGAUCAAACUUUUGUAAUGGGUUUGGUCGCCAUUCUUGAUCAGACCGGCUCGAUAUGAACACUAACCUUCACUCCCGUACACUUAGUCUUGAUUUGCCAAGGCAUUUGCCAUGGAGAAGUCUUUCCUUAGGAACAUGAUUGGUUUCGAGGAUUUAUAAAAGGGCCUAUCCUCCUGCUCUGUCUUUUUUUAUUCCAGGCAAUUUGGGAGAGAUUAUGAGCCCUGAUUAUUGUAGAGGAUAUGUAUUAUCAUUGUAGAUUUUAGCACCCAUUGUGCAAAAACAAUGCUAUCAUUGUAGAUUUUAGUACCCAUUGUGCAAAAAUCAAUGCACGGAUAAACAUAUAGAUUUAAUCUGCCAAACGUAUAAGUACUUAGUAGAAACUCCCAUCUGUAUGAUAGCGUUCACAUGGAGAAACAAAUGAAACCAUGUCAGUACACAAGCCAAUCUAUCAGACAAGAAAAUACUCCAUCAAUAAGGAUUUGGUUUUUUUUAUAAUCCAAAGGGGUGGUCUCUCAUGAGCUUGGAUAGGGAGAUUAUUCAUUUGGCUUUGGAGAGUUAAGAAGAGAGUAUGAGAAGAAGUUUCGCUAUUGCUGAAGUUUCGCAAAGGAGAUUAUGAUAUUUUGAAGAUUACUUCAUCAAAACCUAUUUUGCCUUGUGUUAAGUAUUGGGCAUAGAUUCUGCCAAUUGGUUAACAUAUUUGCAUCUUAUUUGCUUGUGCAUACAGAAGCCAACAUUUGGGAACACGUUUCUAUACAUCCUUAUUGAGAAGUUUUCGGUAGCGUUAGAUGGAGACGUUACUUCUGGUAUAUUGUUUGUCAUUGUAUA